UUUUCGUUUUUCUUGUUGGCGCGGCGGCGGCGGUGUUUGUUGUGUUUGUGACUUUGUGUUAUAUUUUGUAAAAGUGGACGCAGAAACACAAUCAAAAUCAAUAUUUAUUUGUGAUGAAUUAAAAAGUUUUUCAGCAAACUCACCGUAUUCGCCAUGGGUUGUGCACAAAGUGAAAUAUCACCACAAAAUGAGACACCUAAAAAAGGCUGCACAGAUAUAUUUUGGCUCAUCCUUUAUAUCAUUUUCUGGAUUUUGAUGUUAGUUGUGGCUGCCAUAUCUUUUGUUUAUGGGAACCCAUUGAGAGUCAUAAAUGGAUUUGACUCUUUUGGCAAUACAUGUGGUGUGAAUAAAAAUGCUAAGCUCAUAGAUUUUCCACUUGCGGGCAUCAGCACAGAAGACAAGAGCUACCUAUUCUUUAUGGACUUGAAAGAAUUGAGAAGGUCUCUGAAGAUAUGUGUGAAAAAAUGUCCGGACAAGAAAUUGGAAAGCUUAGCUGAUAUUCAAAAGUUUUACCGUGAUACUGGAUCAAGCCUCUGCAGAUACGACAUACAUUUGAACAAUGUGACAGCAUCACCAGAUUUGAAUAAAUUUAUUGGUCCAUGCCCGACUCUGCCUGUCUAUGAUACAUUUCCAGUUCUAAACAGAUGUUUCCCUAAAUCUGCCAAGGAUAUAGCUGAAAAGGUGUUUGAUGACUUCUAUGAUCUGCUCAACAGCUGGGACACCAUAGAGCAGAUGCUUUCUGAUCUAUACUCGUCCUGGAAGGAGAUGAUAAUAUGUGUCAUAGUUGCCUUUAUUUGCUCUCUCCUAAUGGUGUCAAUCCUGCAUCUACUCGCAUCUCUGGUCUCGUGGAUAUUCAUGAUCAUAGUGUCCAUAGUCAGCGUGGCUGGGACUGCCCUGCUGUGGUACACCUACCACGAACUGAGGACUGGACAUAAGAACUUCACUGAAACUGCUUUCCUGGCUGAGUCAUUGAAAAAUGAAAAGGCAUUUUUAUGGUACUCCAUUAUAGCUACAAUAAUAACUGUAAUAAUCCUACUGCUGGUGUGGGUGAUGCGGUCGCGCGUGUCGUUCCUGGCCGCCCUAUUCAAGGAGACGGCGCACUGCCUCGGCUCCAUACCGACGCUUUUCCUGCAGCCCAUAGUGACGUUCUUCUUCCUCGUGGUGUUUCUGACGUUCUGGUCGUUUGUAGUGGUGUGUCUAGCAACUGCCAACUACCCCGGGAUCCCGUACCAAACUAACUUCUUCCUGAACGGGACGCCUCUGCCGGAUCAAGUCGACAAGUCCGCUAUUGAUUCGCAAAAUAUUAAUAAAAGCGCUAACCAUAAAACGUUCCCCCUAGAGCCCGUAGAAUUCGACCCGGUGUGGGUGCGCGGCAUGUGGUGGCUGUGCCUCGUGUGCCUGGUGUGGGGCAGCGAGUUCAUCCUCGGCUGCCAGCAGAUGACCAUCGCCGGCGCCGUCUCGCACUGGUACUUUCGAGGCAAGCACGCGCACUCGUCCCCAGUUCUCUACUCCAUAGGCAAGCUGGUGAAGUACCACCUGGGCUCCGUGGCCAAGGGCUCCUUCCUCAUCACGCUCUUCAAGAUACCCCGGCUCAUACUCACCUAUCUGCAUGCUAAGCUAUCAGCCCGCGCAGACAAGGGCUCGGACUGUGCGAAGUGCGGCCUCAAGUGCGGCAUCUGCUGCUUCUACUGCCUCGAGAAGUUCAUCCGCUAUCUGAACCACAACGCGUACACCAUCAUCACGAUAGAGCGGUGCCAUUUCUGCAAGGCUGCUGCUAAGGCAUUCAGCACAAUAGUGAACAACGCGCUCCAAGUGGCCACCAUCAACAGCGUGGGCGACUUCAUUCUGUUCCUGGGCAAGUGCAUAGUGACGGCCGUGACGGGCAUCGUGGGGCUACUCCUGCUGAAGAGGAACACGGAUUUGCAUUUCUACGCGGCGCCGACGCUCGUUAUAUGUAUCUACUCGUUCUUCAUAGCUCAUUGUAUGCUGUCGCUCUAUGAGAUGGUGGUCGACACGCUGUUCCUAUGCGUGUGUGAAGACCGCAACAUGAACUCUGAGGACGGCGCGUGGAAGAACUCUCGUCUGGCCGGAUUGGGGUCGGCCCGGCCCAGUCCUGACGACACGGCUGAUGGGAACGAGCUGAAUGAACUGCAGGACAAGUACUGA